CAUCCAUCGCUACAAUUAAAUGCAAAAAAAUUGUAUAAAAUUAUAGAUUCGGAAUCUACAAACACAGUUAAGGUAGCAGUUAACUAAGAUUCGAUGAAAUGCUGAUCACAUAGCCGGUACUUACAGUCAGCGGAAUUAGAAUAGAUUGGAACGAUAUUUAUUAAUGAAUAUGGCAUGACGCAUGAUUAGGCGGCAUGAUUCAUGUUAUCUCAGAUCUAAUAUUAAUAUUGAUUAACUGAUAUGGCAUGAAAAAAGCAAUAUUCAUUUCAUUCUAAAUUCGAAUUCUAAAUUAUUCAGAAUGAUUGUGAUUGAUACCAAAUAUAUGGUUGUAUGUCAAUUCUAAAAAAAAAAAAUAUUGUUAAUUGAGACAUAAUUGACAUCCCCCCCCCCCCCAUAUGCCAUAUUUCACAGAUAGUGAUGGAUGAAAUGUUAAAAAGAGAAUUUCAUUAAAUUGCAAAUAUAGUUGUUUAUAUAGCCCUUCCAACCAGAAAAACUGGAUUUUUUCUUGGCCAACGCUCAAGUGGUAGAUUACCAUUUAUGGUACUACAUUUCAACUAAUUCAAGAUAAUCAUGACGUUUACAUGAAAAAGGAAUUAUGUUUUCAAUUCUACAAAAGAAAAUAAAUACUAGAACUAUCGCUGAUAAAGUAUAAUAUAGGCCAAUAUAAUAUAAUGAACAUAUGGUCAUGGUUAAUAAGUGACAAUGUUAAAUAAAGCAUGACAUGCCCACCGGAUGAAUAUCUCCCGCACUAUUUGUCCGGCUACCAGACGUGUUGACACUGCAUUUACAUUUUAAGAUUUAAGGAUUUAAAUUUAAUAAAGUAGACGAAGAUAACCUGGUCAUGCCAUGCUAUAUCAUAUUAUAUUUAUUAUAAUUAUAUAUAGGCCUAUUUAUUAUAUAUAUAUCCAUGAUCAUCAUAACAUAACAUCAUCCAAACAGUUUUUAUGUAAUAAAUUCUGCAUUAUUCAAGAUGAGCUCAUUAAUAUUCAAAAUGCCCAUCAAAUAGAUUCGGAAUCUACUAAUGCAGACGAUUCCUGAUGAUUAACAUUAUGAAUUCAUUUUAUAGGCCUUUAAAUAUAAUAAUACAAAGUAUUAUUUUUUGGUGAAGUAUUUUAAAAUAACAAACUAAAUUAAUUGUCAUGAGCUCCUUCACGAUACGUAACGCUUGGGUCUAAAUUCUACCCUUUUACUGACACCACCUUGUUUGUACAAAACAAGGAAACACAAUAAACAAAGAAGUCUGCAAUUAACUUAAAAUAACUACUUCUAGUUUAUUAUCUAAAAUGUAUAAGUGACUGAAAUGAAACUCAAUGUAUACAGCACAACAUAUGAUGUAAUGUAAUUGUAACUUAUAUUUAAAAAUACACUAAGACACUUAUAAUGGUUGUCUUAUAAUCUCAAUCAUUCAAGCACAUGUGCUGACUUCAACUGCACGCUACAGGCACUUUAGUUUACGACUCUCUCGACACGCUAUGGACUCUAUUGGUGGAGUCUCGUGGGACAGUCUUCAGUCUAGGGUCUCGUCGCUGCUCUGUGUGGAACUAUACACGUUCGUCUCACUGCCAAGUGCUUGAGAUGGUCGGUCUGCUAGCAUCUACUCUCACGACAAUAUAAAGGGCGACUAUUCCUGAAAUAUAUGAAUAAAUCCCCUACACUAUGUGAUCAAUCCUAACUUCCAACUAGAUACUCACCGUCAUCUUCUCAGCUACUACCGUCUACCUAACGUAACUCUUGAUCACACAAACCACCCUACAGCUUCUUUAAUCACACACCUUACAUGCACUUAGCUCUCUAGCAAACUGGCACAGGUUAAGUCCAAGUCCAAUUCUUUCCCCUCUCUCUAAUGUUCUUCAAAGUGUGGUCAGUGGUGUCUACCAACACGUUGUUGAUAAAUAUAUGCCUAACUGCUUUAUGUGGAUGGUAACUCUGACAGUCCUCUACUACUUCUACGGACGGAGCUCUCCCUGACUGUCCGCUACCCUGUCCGGCUGAGUUCUGCCCAGUCCUGUCCAACAGUCCCUAUUUAUAAUUCCUGAGCCCAUGGAGGUUCCCUCACAUGUCUGUAAUCUGACUCCCAAAUCUUCCAGUACUUAAAUUUGCGAACAAUUGAAAUGGUCCUAAACCCCCGUAGCGCGAUGGCGCAACGGUCGUUCCAGGGAAAUCUGAUAAGCUAGCCCCUGGUCAGAUGCCGGUAAUCCUGCUGACACGCCAGCUCUUUUCAGUUGGUCAUUAACCCCAACCCCUGUGGCAUCCAGGUCCGAACCCUCCACCAUGUAUGGUAUUUAAUUAUUCCCCCCUAUCCUUGCCCCUCUCUCUAACUCGCUCUGGCCGACCUUGGCUUACUAGUUACUUUGUGACACAUGCUCCCACUUAAGCUAAUUUUCCCCAAAAUUAGCAACCGGUGUUUGAAAUCUAUAUAAUGCGUUUGAAUUCACUUUCCAGUGGUUCCUCCUCUUAAACCUGUCACUUUCCGACUUCUUAACUUUCUUAAAGUUUUCCCUCAUCGCAACUGGUGAUGAGUACCUCUUCCAUUUACUUGGCCUGUGGUCCGUUAACUGUGUACUACUUCUGCAAACAUUAGUCUGCACAGGUUCGUAACUACAUACGUGCGCGUACUUCUUGACCACAUUAUCCCUGCCAUCACGCCUCACUGCGUCUAAGCUAUUACACUUUCUCAUAUCUCUCCCCCGUCCUGUUUGUGAUAGUUGUAACUCCACUUUCCUUCUAGAAAGAGGCCCUGAACUCUUCCCCUUUUAACAUUUUCUAUGAUCACCGCUGCCACUGUUUCUACGGUCUUCUCUCUGUUUACAUAUUCCUUUAACAUGUUCACGUGGUAUGUUCUUCUUUUCCCAAGAACAUUAAUGACAUAAUCCACCUGUCCAACUCUCUCCUCAGCAACGUAAGGACCUCUCCAAGUCAUCUGUAACUUGGACUUCUCAGUGGGCAACAAAAUCAACACACUAUCUCCCGGUCGGAAAGAUCUCAUCUUAGCGCCUUUGUCAUAGUGCUUCCUUUGAUUAUCUUGCUCCUCUCUCAAAUGCUCAUUUGCUAAUUCGAGAGCGUCCUGGAGCCUUUCUCUCAUAGUGAGAACAUAUUCAUAAGUGUUCCUCACCUCCGGAUUUGCCUCACCUGUCCACAGGUCCUUCAAGAUGGAUAACGGUCCUCUCACACGAUGCCCAAACAUCAACUCAAAUGGACUAAAUCCUGUACUCGCCUGAGGGGUUUCCCUGUAGGCGAACAACAACGGUGCCAGAUAGGUGUCCCACUCCUUAGGGUGCUUAUGUGUGACUGUUCUUUCUUUAAGCAUUCCAUGUUUUCUGGAGUUGCCAAAAUUUUCAUUGUGUCAAUGUCACACCGCUUAUUCGGCUCCAUUACCACUGGGUUUGAUAGCAGAGUUAGCCUUCUCUUAGAUGAAUUGCCAUCCAAGGUUAACGGGUCCCACCUGGGGUGCUGCAGUUAAAUCCACAGCAAAAGCCUAAACAAGCAAAAAUAAAAUAUUUCCAUACUACACUUAUCAGGUAGCUGAGAUCAAUUUUUAAAUAAGUCUAUUUAAUGGAUCUAGAAUUUUAAAUACAGAAAUAAAAUGAAAUAUCUAUUUAUAUGACUUCUUUGUUAAUAAUAUUUACCUUAAAUAACUUAAAAUAAUGCUUUUAACAUUGUUUAGUAAUCAGAUAUUUAACAUUUAAAAAUAUUAAAUAGGAUAGAAGCAAAUUUCAGCCAUCUUGACAACUGUAUCCAGAGAGGAAUCACCAACGUUGUGACUGUUUUGAAAAGUUGAUAAGGUUGGAGUAGGUUGGGGAAUUUUAUUUUACCAUUGUAGUAGAUAAUUGGAUACUUUAAACAGUGGUUAUCAUGAAAAUUGCAGCUGGUGGAGAAUGUAAGAGAACCCAAUAGAAGACUUACCUUAAUUCAAAUUAAUAUAUUUUUCCAAAACAAUUCUUCAGUAUUAUUCAGCAUCCAAUUCUCUUUAAAAUUAUAUAUCACAUGACCCAUUUAAUAAAGAAAUGACAGCAAACAGCAAUUUUUUCCACACAGCAUGUGUAAUGUUUACAUUUUCAAGAGGACCAAAAACUGACUAGGGGGCACUUAACUCUGCAAUGAUUUCUCACUAACAAAAAAAAUGAUUUAUCCAACUACCCUUGAUCCAUCAAAAGACAAGCUUAAAUAAUUUUAAAGUUUGAGGGCUUUGCCCCUGUUAAAGAUUUUUAGCUUUUUUUGUCAAUUUUCAGUUAUACUGUUGCUUUCAUUUCUUAAAUAUAAGAUAAAUUUAAAAUAGCUUAAUGCUUGUUAAUUAAAGCUUUUGCUUGAAAAGUAUUUGAAAAUGUGCAUUUAUUCAGCAAAAUUAUAGGAUCAUCAGGUACAGAAUUUGAGUGAAUAGUCCUACUAACUCAAUAACAUUUGUUUUAAUAAUAAUAAUAAUUAGUGGUCUUAUAUAGCGUGGUACCCCAGCAUAGGGCUGGACUCACCGCUCUGUACAUACAAAUAUUAGCAAAAGAGACAUAAUCGUUUUGUUAUUCACUCAGAAUUAAUUUAAUUGAUAAGUGAAUGUUGACCUUGUUAUUUUACAUGCUAAUGGGGCAUAAUUUGCCGCCAAUAAACAAACUAUGAGGAAGAGUGCAAAAUAUAGCGUUGCAACUUUAUUGUAUGCCUUAGAUGUGCUGGAAGACCUGCCAACAACCUGCCCCCCUUUCCUCUCACAAUUUCAGUUGCAGGUUUUUUAAAAUACUUGACAAAGUAAUUAUUGACAUUUAUUAGAUAUAUCCAUUGAUUAAGUUGUAAUCUGGUGACAAUGGCACGUUGACGGCAGAAAGAGUGGAAAGAGGAAGUGUCAAAUAUAUUUGGCACAGGCAUUACCCUAAUAACAAACUGAGCCCGGAGAAAACCAAAUUAUAUACCUAGGGCUCAACUCUGCUUACCCAAUCACUUCAAAAUAAAUUAUAAACAUAAUAUUGAAUGAAUUCCCGUAAGGGCCAUCCACACUAUUUUAGCCAAUUUGUGUACCUUAAAUCCCCCCCCCCCCCCCUCUCUUUGUCACCAAUUAUGGUAAAACAUGUUUUAUUAUAUUAUACACCCCUGUUUUAUAUUGUCACAAUUUAUACUUUGAUAUGUAAACAUUAAUGAGAUAAAUAUUCAUUUACCUUUUGAAUAGAAACAAUCAAAUUAAUUUGUUAUAUAAAAUUACCACAAUAUCAGAAAUUUCACAAGAUAUUACAAAAUUUACAUUCCACGGGAUUUCUUAGAGUCAAAUAAUUAUAAUAACAAUCACAUGCACAAUAAUUCAAAAGAAUCCCCAACAUUUUAUAUUAUUUUCAAAAAGUAUUCCAAAAAAAAAAACAAUUCCAAGUAUUGGCACUUCUUUCAAACUAAUUAUCUACGACUCGCCUGACUUUUAUUUUAAUAACUGUUUCCAACUAGACAUACCCAUAAAAUAUAAAAAUAUUACUUACUCUUACUAAUGACAAAAUGCUUGCUGAACAUGUCAUGGGCAUGUGAGAGCCACCAUCAGUACAACGUUUUUUGCCUUCUUAUUUUUUAAACUUAAUAACUGAUAUAGUAGGCCUACAGAACCUAACCAAAUUUGAGCUUCUUUAUCAUGAAAAUUAUCGUUUAGUUAUUGAAUUUGUUAAACCGAUCUUUACCCUUUAUUAUUGACCUAUGUAAACAAUGUUACCUAUUCAUGUAAUGAUAGUGUUAAACAGUUAGUGUUAAACACUUAGUGUAUGGCUAGUUAAACUAUUCAAUUUUAAGCUAGGGAUUGGCUACAAGUCUUCAAAAUGCACUCUCAUUUAUUAACCCCUCUUGAGACUUUAUUUUUAUGAUUAAAUUGUACAUUUGUUUGAGCUUCAGGAAUUUUUUUGUAUCAAGUAGCCCCCACUCACACGAUAAUCAUGGAGUCAUGUGAAGGGAUUAUUAAAAGUAAAUGAAAUGCCCAUUCCGUGUUUUUGUCUGUCAAAACAAUGCCUUCAUUGUUUUCUAUAUUUAUCAUGAUAGUUUUCCAUUUCCCAUUUGAAAAUUAUAGUUUUACACAAUAAACUGCUUCAUUAUUCAUUAUCUUCAAAUAUGCUGUUUAUGAUAGUGGACAAUCUUACAAGUUAAAUGUCUAAAGAAUUAAGCCCCAAUUACACUUUGCCUGCCAUUGGCACUAAACUCAAUAGACUGUUAAAAUGUAUAUAAUUUGGAUCAAGUAAUCCUGAAAUGAUUGCAGAUUAGAAGAUUUUAAAUUGAAUUAGUUCAAACUGACAAUGGUAGAGAAGUUGAUAUAAAGAUAUUUGCCCUUCUUAGAGUCAUUACAGGCUAGACAUCUCCAUGGUGGCUCACUCAUUGUCAUUUGCACUUUUUGUGAACAAUUCUACAAUGGAAAAAGGCAUGUGGUCCUAAAAGUAGCUAUCCUAUAUUGCACCACAUGACUCAUUUGAUCCUGAUGAUGAUAGGGUUGUUGUAUAUAAUAGUAAAUGGAACAGUUGUACCGGUACUUAAACUUUUUACAGCACUGCACCCCUUUUGAUAUUAAAUCUCUUAAAUAACCAUUCAUUUCGAUUUCAUUUCUUGCACCCCCCCCCCCCACCACAAUAAAAUGCGAAUAAACCUGAUUUUCAGUGUUUUUCCACACUGCCUGACACUGAUUCCCACAACCUUAUGGGAACCCCUGGUUAUUAACCCCUGAAAUAGAAUAUUACAUUACCAGUGACAUAUAAACCAUUUCCAUAGAAGGGAAUAAUGAAGGAUAAACAUUUUUUAAAUCGAGCACUUACUCAGGUGAAUAUGUGCUGUAUAGUUUACUAAGAGAUUUUUUAUGUUUUUCAUUUUCAGGCCAAGUUGUGAAAGUUAAAAGGGCAUAAAUUGUGGGCUGAAUUUCGCAAGCCAGUGCGCUUAGCCACUGGGCAAUAAAAAUUUUACUAGAAUUAAAAGACAACAUGAUGACACGUGAGAAUAUCAUUGGUUGUGAUCUUGAGGCAAGAUGGUAUUUGCCAAAUGCAGGAAGUAGACGUGCUGUGAAGAAAAGCUGAAAAAGACAAACUUUUAUGCUACAAGUGCAAACUCUUCAAAAAACCUUGUCAUAUGCAAAGAAAAUUAAAAGACGGUAAAUCUGGUGCUAUAAAUCAGCAUAUUUCAUUGGAAAAGAGGAAGUCUGAUCAACUUGAAAAAAUGCCCAGCAGCAGAAUGAGAUAUGAAAAUGAUGAAGAUUAUUAUUUCCUUAUGAGUUUACUACCAUAUCUCAAAGAUGUCCCCAAGAGAAGGAAACUAGCUACCAGAAUAGUCAUACAAAAAAUUGUGCUGGAAGAAAAAAGAGUAUCGGUAAUGGAACUCCCCACUUCAUCGGACACAAACUCUAAUCAUGGUUCUAGUUCGACACCAAAUGUGAUCCCAGGGAUCCCAGACUUCACAGUAAGUACCAACCUGCUGUCUAAAGCCUAGAUGCUCCAUUGCAUGUAUCGGUAGUUCAAUAAAAUCAUAUCAAAUUACAAAAAUGUAUUGUAUAGUUUUUUUUCCGACAGCGGUACACAACUUUUUCUCUGCCCCUCCAACAAAGUCAUGAAUGCUUCAUUACAUGCAACCUCCCAAAAGGGUUGCAGUUUUUAUUAUUUAAAUGCUGGCUCCAAAAGACUCAGAUCUGAUGUUAUCUUCAUGACGAAAUAAUAAUUCAAUGAUCACAAGAGUUGAGUGACAUAAAAUAAUAGCCUUGCACCACUCUCAGAAAUUUUUAUCCAUUUUAAUGAAUUGAAUCAUUAGGUUUUUAAAUGUUUAGAUUUGUUCCCUGAUGAGAACGUGAACAAUGACAUUGAAUCCAAAUGCUUUUUCUAAGUAAAAGCAGUCACAUGUACAAUAUUACAUAUUUAUUUUUUUAUUUAUUUAGGCAUUUUUAUAUAAUCGCUUACCUUAAAUCUCUAAGCGCUUUACAAUUUUAUUAAAAACAUGUAAACUAACUAAAAUAAAAAUGAGCCAUUAGGAUAGUAACUACUAUACUAUAGAAACAAUUAAAAUGGCUAUAAAACAUAUAAUCUAGUUCUUUUGGAGAAUCAUGAAAAAAGCACAAUAUUGUGCAAAAAUCAUAGAAAAACUACAGACAUAGAUUAACAGUACAAGUAUUUGAAAAAAAUUGAUUGUUUAUUAUCAUUCUUUAAAUUGGAGUUACGCAACAUUGCACCUGAAAGACUUGGCUUUCGAAAUGUGUUAUAAACUAAUUAAACAGAAUGUCAUUGAUACUGCUAAGUAAAUUAGACUUUUUAAAAAAAUGUAACAAAAAGGUUCCUUUUUAAUUUACCUUGUCUAUUAUAUUUCAUGUCUUUUAAAUUUCCUUAAUUUUAUGACAAUAUUUGCACUCUCCUCCAUAAAAACAUUUAAAGUCUAUAGCUGUCUGAUUUCUUGUGUACAAAUGCAUUUGUCAAAUAGUCCAGCCUUCUCCCCAUAUACUUCCAUAUUUGAAAUAAACCUUCAUACCCACUUUUUCUUUUAGUGAGUACGUAAUCAAUAUAUAACUGUCCCCUAAAUUAAUUCAACAAGUCAUUUAUUUAAUUCACGGUUCUUUGACUUAAAUUUUACAAUUUCCAUGGCAGGCUCCUCUAAAGAAAAUAAAAGAAGAAGUCUUUACUCAUGAAAUGAGUAGCUUCCCCAUGGACAGCCCAACGGAUGAACUUAUUAAUCAAUGUCAACAUUUUCUUGAAGCUGAUAUAAAGACAGAAUAUGAACCCAGUGAGCUGUAUGGCACAAUGCCUCUCGUAGACUCCCAGUUCAAAUCCAGUCUGUCAGUUGUGUCAGCAUCUGGACCUUUUGGAAACCUAGAAGUUAAAAAGGGGAAAAUAAUAACCAGAGCAGAAUCUUUCAUUCACGAAGGUCAUUGUAGUGGCAGUGGGAGCAUUGACAUUCUUCCCACACAUCUGGUUGAUGCCUUGCGUGCGUCAGUAAAUCAUGAGGGAUCUCUGCACAGUGAUUAGAAUUUUGACAUCUGAAAAUUCUGUUAACAAAAACUACAAGUGUGUCACAGGUAAUGUUAACUCUAAACAAACUAGCACUUUUGUUAAAGAGACUUUAAAUCUAC